AUGGAUUAUCCGUUUCGGUAUAAGAAUAUUAAAGCACUUGAAAUGUUAGGUUCUUCUUGUAAUGGCUUGAUUUGCUUAGGUAUUGCUAGUGGAACAAUAGGUGUAGAUGAUGAUAAUAGUAUUUUUAUAUGGAAUCCGACGACAGGUGAAUAUAAGAAAAUAGAGUCUGAAUGUGAUUUUGUGGUUGAGUAUGAUGGGUAUAACUUUAGAUAUGGAUUUGGUCAUGAUAACAUAAUCGAGGAUUAUAAGGUGGUGAAAAUUGGAAAGGGUUCAGGUUGUUUUGAUGUUCAAGUUUAUACGUUAGGGUUGAAUUGUUGGAGAAGCGGUGGAAGUGUAAAACAUUACAAGUUUUCUCGUAGAAGAAGAUAUCCUGGUUUGCUUCUCAAAGGGGCGCUUCACUGGUUAGGCCGUGUGACCACUGUGCAAGAAGGCUCCUCUGAAGUUAUAGUUGCUUUUGAUGUUAGCAGAGAGAGACUUAUCCAUCUGCCUUUUCCUGAUGGAAUUACUGCACCUCCACAAGAAUUGGGCAAUGACGAUCGGUAUACAAUUGUAGGCGGUUUGGGAGACUGUCUUUGUUUAUCUGUUGUGACAUUUCUUUGGAUCGAUAUUUGGGUGAUGCGGGAAUAUGGAGUGCAAGAAUCUUGGAUUAAGCAGUUUACAUUCGAAUAUGGAGCUUGGGAUGCUCCACCAUCAAGCUCUAGAUUUUCAUUUUGUAAACCGUUAUGGUUCUUUGAAAAUAGUGAAAUUCUAUUAGAUACUUUUGAGGAUUUGCUUUUAUAUGAUAUGAAAACUGGAAGAGUUAGAACAGUGAACAUGCCCGAUAUUACUACAAGCGGGAAGUUAAAGAACGAAUAA